UGCUUCUGUAAACAAAUCGCUUCGGCUGCCUUUAAAUGUUAAAAAAAAUGACAAGAUUGGAGAAGCUCUUAUUUGCUUUAAAAAUCAGAACAAAAGCACCGAAGGCAAUCGAUUUUCCUUCCUAUUUGGAAUUUAUAAUUAAAUAUAAAAAAACGGGUUGGGGUGGAGGAGAGAAGGGAAAUAUGAUUUUCUCCCUCCUUUCCCUUUGCCUCUAGUAUUGCUCCAAAUCACUUCCUCGCUUCAGAUCAGUAGCGCCUCGUUUACACACUUUCUUCCCCUGUUCAAAUUAAUAGAAGUUCUGCCUCUUGCCCGUUCAACUUUUUGUCCCUUCCCUCUCGCUCUCCCCCAGCGCUGCCUCCGCCAGCCCCCUCGUCUGAUUACAUCUAGUAAUUCUCCACUGAAUGAACGUCAUUUACAAUACGAGGGGAGCUCUCGAGCUGCCUGCAAAGCCUUCACGCUCCAUUUGGUCUUGCAUUCUCCCUUUAAAGUAGUCGUGUAAUAUUAAUAGUCAUGAAUAUCAAUUAUUAUGAGGCGGCGUAGGGAAGGGAAAGGAGAAAGGGGCGCUGGAGCAGUCUGAAGCUUGCCUUGGGUCGAAGAGGAUUGCUUUUGGAAGCGCAACGGGCGGGGAGGGGGUUGCACCACGAGGACGCUCCUCACCGACCAUAGACUCUCUCCAUACACAUUUUCCUCCAAAUUUUAGUUUUGAUGGAUAGACUCGGAAAUACCUCCAGCUGUUCUCCUGGGUGUACCAAGGUCCUUUGCAGAUUUUCUUGAUACCGCCCCUCUCCUUGUUCCUAGUGUUAUUAAUAUUAAUUUAUUAGUAGCAGUAGUACUAUUCUACUGCAAUUUUGUUUUUUACUUGUUUCAAGAUUUUUUUAAACAAAUUUCCAGAUGUUAGUCCACACCUAUUCCGCUAUGGACCGGCACGAUGGAGUCCCCAGCCACAGUUCCCGGCUGUCCCAGCUGGGCUCGGUCUCUCAAGGCCCAUACUCCAGCGCCCCUCCGCUCUCUCACACCCCCUCCUCGGACUUCCAGCCGCCCUACUUCCCGCCGCCCUACCAGCCUCUUCCUUACCACCAGAGCCAGGACCCUUACUCCCACGUCAAUGACCCCUACGCCCUGAACCCGCUGCACCAGCCCCAGCAGCAUCCCUGGGGGCAGCGACAGCGGCAAGAGGUGGGCUCCGAAGCCGGCUCCCUGCUGCCCCAGCCGCGGGCUUCUUUGCCGCAGCUCUCGGGCCUCGACCCGCGACGGGACUACCACUCCGUCCGGCGGCCAGACGUCCUUCUCCAUUCGGCUCACCAUGGCCUGGACUCCGGCAUGGGCGACGCGCUUUCCCUCCACGGCAUCGGCCACCCCGGCAUGGAGGAUGUGCAGGCAGUAGAAGAUGCUAAUAACAGCGGCAUGAACUUGCUGGACCAGUCGGUCAUCAAAAAAGUUCCAGUUCCUCCAAAAUCUGUUACUUCUCUGAUGAUGAACAAAGAUGGCUUCCUUGGUGGUGUGUCUGUAAACACAGGUGAAGUGUUUUGUUCGGUACCUGGGAGGCUCUCCUUGCUCAGUUCCACGUCCAAGUACAAAGUCACUGUUGGAGAAGUUCAACGGCGCCUUUCACCUCCUGAGUGCUUAAACGCUUCCCUCCUUGGAGGAGUCCUUAGAAGAGCCAAAUCGAAAAAUGGGGGCCGAUCGUUGCGAGAGCGGCUAGAAAAAAUCGGUUUGAAUUUACCAGCCGGCAGGCGCAAAGCGGCAAAUGUCACUUUACUCACCUCCCUGGUGGAAGGAGAAGCUGUACAUUUAGCUCGGGAUUUUGGAUACAUCUGUGAAACUGAAUUCCCGGCCAAAGCAGUUUCUGAAUACCUGAACAGACAGCACACAGACCCUACUGAUCUCCACUCCCGAAAGAAUAUGCUGCUUGCCACUAAGCAAGUGUGUAAAGAAUUUACCGAUCUUUUGGCCCAAGACCGGACGCCCAUUGGCAAUAGCCGCCCAACGCCCAUCUUGGAGCCAGGGAUCCAGAGCUGCUUGACUCACUUCAGUCUCAUCACUCAUGGCUUUGGGUCCCCAGCCAUCUGUGCUGCUCUGACUGCUCUCCAGAAUUAUCUGACGGAAGCUCUCAAAGGCAUGGACAAGAUGUUCUUGAACAACAACUCUGCUAACAGGCACACUUCUGGGGAAGGACCAGGUAGUAAAACUGGAGACAAGGAAGAAAAGCACAGAAAAUGAGAGAGAGAGAGAGAGAGAGAAACAAAACAAAACCCAGAAAGCAAUCUAAUGAAAAUAGGGGGUAAAACAGAAAGGAGAGAUUGAGAGCGAUCCUUUGGGAGGAAAAACAUUUAAUUUUAGCUUUAAAAUAUUGGAUUGGGUUUUGAAAGAAUUGUGCUAGGUAGAUCACAUCUGCAAGUAAUUUAAAAAAAAAAAGAAAAUGUCAGAGGUGCACAGUGGAACAGGAAGAGUGGCUCAGUGGCUCUAUGGCAAAGGAACUUUUGAAGAUAACAUCCAGGAUUUUCCACUUCUGUCAUCCCACAAUCCUUUUUUAAAAUAAUUUUUGGUGGGGAUGAAAUUAUAACAGAUAAAAGCAAUCAAUAAUUUAUUGGAAGAAUCAUUUUGAUAAUGUUGCUAUGUUGGCUGAGGUACACAGUCUGUUUCUGUAUUAUUACUAUUUUUAAAAAUCUAUCUAAAGUAGAAAGAAAAACCUAAGGGAUGGAUAUAUUUUAUAUUGGACUGUCCCGUUCAGAGCAAGUUUCCUGAUUUUGUGCAAAAUGUUGCUGUUCUCUCUCUCCGUGGUCUAAAUAGCUGAGCCUCAAAUUUAUCAGUAGCAUUUGGCCCAAAGAUCUUCUAAUAGUGGGAAGAAAGGGGGAAACAACCAAAUCUGGGACUGUCCAAACCAUGAGUCAUUAAGAAGAAUUGUUAGUAACUACAUGCAGAGGUGAUGGGUUCAGACUCUGAAAAUGUUAAAAUGUAACUAACUACAGUAUAUGGAUGAGUAAGUGGAAGAGCUAAUGGAUUGCUCUCAGGUGCCUCUGCUUGUUCUGGAUAUUUUACCUAAAGUGUUAAUCAAAAGCUGCCCACUUAACAUAUUUAAUCCUAAAACUUGGGGGGGGGCUGCAAAUAAUCAUUUUUUUCUAUUAAUAAGGAUGUGUAGAAUUUAUGUAUAUAUGCUCCAUUAAGGUAUUGAAUUGGAUCCAGACUUGGUAAUAUUUGGAGGAGACCCAUUGUAAUCAAAAUUAGCCAUAACUAACUCUAGACCUAAAACUCAGCAUGACUAAGUCUGAAACCAAAUAGCUGACAAUGAGAGUCAGCCCUUUGUUUCAUAAUACAGUUUGCCCAUCAUGAAGCAAACAUUUUCAUGAAGGUGUACCUGUGGAAAAAAGUUGCACAGGCAUGCAACAACUGUGAACAGGAAAGGGAAAAGAUUUUGUGGAUAGAUAUAAAGAUCAACAUGCCUUUUUUUUUCAGUUGCAACUUUUUUCAUAACUACUGUUGUAUGGAGGGCAAAUGUUACUACUAAAAUGGCCCUGUGCCUGAAACUGGUAAUCUUUAUUCCUAGUUUGUUUAUACACAUGGAGCUCUCACCUGGAACACUACCUUUUACAUUUCUAUGAAAUAACUUGUCCUAUUGAAGGGGAGGGUUCAAAGUGUCCCAUAAGAGGCACAAAUGAAAGUGUGUGCUACAAAAGUGAAAAUCCACGUAUGGAAGACAUUCAUGUAUGCAUUGGAGUGCAGUUAGACUGGGAACAGUAAUGGUAGAGAUAAUGUCACAGAUAAUGGUAUCAAUCUGUACAUUUUUAUACUAAAAUUUGAGCAAUGACUGCCUCUCUUUAAAAUGUCUCAGAUCACAGACACACUUUUUGUGCUUUUAAAGAAAUGUUAAUAAGAAGAAUGUCUUGAUAAGUAUGUUAAACCUUCUCAGGAGUAUGCACCUUUUUAAUUUUCUUCUGUUUCCCAAAGCUUUGCCCGCUUGGCUUAUGAGCUUCUUCAAAGAGGACUAGAGCUCCGUACACAUUUCAUCAGGUACUGAGAUGAAAAUCCACAAUUCUGAAAUUUUUCUUUUUCAAAUCAAAGUCAGUUGUUUUGGAAUUCUGCAGGUGUACUUCUUUAAAGAAGCUCAAAGGGAAUAGAUAAGGCUUCACUAACUGAGCAAGUGAUGCUGAUUUAGAAGCAAAUAUUAUGUCCUCCAAUAUUAAAAAAAAAAAACAAUUGGGAGGUGGGCCAAUAGUGUUUGAUGCACAGAGUAAAAACACAGAGAUUUUUUAAAAUAUAUUUCCUCUUUUAGAAAAGAUAUAAUAAGUAUCAUGGCUCAUUAUUAAAUUAGUAUCUAAAUUUAAAGAAAUCAGUUUCUCCUCAUUAUCAAAGGAGUGUUGCAAAUUUUGACUUGGAAGAUAAAUAGUUGUCUUGACCCUGGGGUAGAAGAGGAGGAAUUGGCCAUUUUCCAAUAAUUUACAACAAUUAAGUACGAAUUACAUUUUUAAAACAUUUAACUCCUUUUUGGAGUAGGUAGGAGAAAAAACCAUCCUUAAGGGGAAAAUGAAUGUCACCCUGCAUGUUAUCACUUUGCAAAGGUUUUGUUGAAUUGACAGUGGCUAUGGUAUUUCAUGCAUUUUGAAAGAUUGUUUCCCUUUGUCACAACAGCUUGUGUCUAUGCUUCAUUUUGGCCUCACAUACUGAAUUCAUUCUAGAAGAUGAGAAUAGGAUAAAGAUGUAUUAUGCCUGCCACCCUGAUCCCAAACACAUUAUAUGGCUGUAAGUUCCAUUAAUUUUGGUGGAAUUUCAUUCCACUUAAGGGAACGUUGAAGGCUUGGGUCUAUGGCUAAUCAUCCAUGCUGAAAUCAACUUUUUAUUUUAAAUGCAGUUUUCAAAUGCUGUUUGGGUACUUGCAGUUUUCAGUAAAAGUUAUAUCAUUUUACACUAUAAGCUGGGAUCACAUAAUACAGCAGCGGUUAAUGUUUCAUUUGAAGCAACUGUACAUAUCAUAUGCCAGACAGUUGCAACUUUUGCAGCAUAUAUACAGAAAUGUAUCAAUGUGCAGAUGCUUGAAAUACUCUUAAUUUAUAAUUAUCAGUCCUGUUUCCAUAUAGGAAGCUAUAUACCAUAGGUAGUAAAUUAUCUGUGUGCAUUUAGAAGCUGACUCUGUGAUUCCUAAUUCCCAACCAAGCCAAUUAAGAUGUACUUAAAGCUAUUUUUUCACAUUGAGAAAUUCUGGUAUCAGGAAUUCACCAUUUUGUUUGUUUUUAAUGAGACAUGUUCCCAAGCACUUAAAUAGGAGUCUAUUGUCUAUGGACAUCGUAAGGCACCAUUUCUAAGUAUAUUUAUCUAGGCAGGAAAGUUCAUCACUCUGUGGCGCUUCCACAUAUAAUAUCUAAAUACUAAAAUUGUAGUUCUAUUGACUUUAAUAGGAAUUUAUUUAAUGCCAACUAUUAGUUGAGUUGUGAGAGAAGCUUUAAAUUCUGAUCUUAAUUCAUAUCUGUCCACUUUCAGUAAUAUUUUAGGAGGAGGAGUGAUUAAGCACAGCAUUUUUACAAUAAGAUUGUGAUCAUGGCUAUUGCAGAACUUGAAAAAUCUUAACUGAAUUUCCAUAUGACAUUAAUUCAUUUUAAUUAGGAAUAUAGUAAAAACAAUAGUUAUGAAAUCAAUAGCAUACUUUCUUAUUUUUUGGUCAGUGAUAUUAUCUUAGUGUAGCCAUUUUAUUCUACUUGAGGAAAAAAUGUUUUGGUUCAUUUUUGCUGUCUUGAGUACUAGUGUUUUUUAAAAAAGCUGCCCAACUUAUCAAGGCAAUUAACAGGCUAAAUAGUUAAUAUAUUAAAUAAUGCAGUGUAGUAGGAACUGUCCCUAAGGGAAAAGAAAUGUCUUUCAUCAUGCAACACAGUAAAGUCAAAACUACCAUUCCAUCUACCCAGUUUGCUACAUUUAUUUUUCAGAGAAUUGAGUAUGUGUUGGACUUGAUCCUAUUAAAGCCAAUAGAAUUUAAAUGUGCUUAAUAUUGACUGAACUACACAGCAUACUUUUAAGAUAUCUUUCUUUAUAGGACAUACUGGAAAUUUGUAUCUUGUAUGUAUGUCUUGUCCAUUCUAGCAUCCAGAAAGAAAGAAGAAAGGAAAGGCAAAAUGGAUCUUUAUGUUCAUAUUAUUUUAGAGGACCCUCUAUGGUACUUGAGGGCAGUUGUAGUAUGGAUUGCUUUUCUCUUUUCUCUGAAUUUAGGCUUUCUUGCCGAAUUUUAUAAAUAUAGCAAGUUCCCUACUGCAAAAUAAAAAUAAUUUACUAUUCUACCCAUUAAUGUGAACAAGAAAGAUCCAUACUGAAUUAACAUUAAAAAGGCUUACUGAGGAAAUAUUCCAUUACUUAAAAUUCAACUGCUUGUGCCUAAGAUACAGAUUAUCAUUAAAUUAAACAAGACAUUGAGGCAGAAGAAUUGAAAAGUUGGACAGGUAAUAGACAUGCAACUGAUAUUGAUUACUGAAUUGCAGAUAUGCCUGCCUUUUACUUUUAAAUGUUGCUAAAGUUUGUUGCAUAACAAUCCAGAGAAACCUGAUUUGCUGUUUUUAGAAUAAAAUUUGAAAGAUUUUUUUUUGAAUAGUAUGGGAAGAUCAAUUAUUAUUUAGCUUUAAAGAGCAGGUGUUUGGAGGCAUUAUUUGAUAAGUGUGUCUCAAUCUCAGCUUGCUGACCCUCAAGCUAAUUUUGUGUGUAUGCAUAUGAGUAUCAUAAAGACAGAAAGAAAUAGAAAGAAGUGCCAGUGGUUUUACUGGCUAGGGUCUUCUGCCCCAAUAACUUGUUAACUAUUCCAGGAGAAUAUUCUUUCACAAGGUGUUUUGUUUUGUUUUUUUGGUAUCACCAACAGAUUCUGUGACCCUGCAGCAGAAUGCACAAAUGGAUUGAGCAGUAUUGUCUACACACUGAUUGGCAUCUUCAUAUUUUCAGAGAUACAUUUUGUGCAAUCCAUCCUUUGCUAUGCCAAGCCCUACUCUUCCCCCAUCUCUUAUUUUUGGUAAUUUUAUUCCACAUCCCAUCAGUGUUCCUAGAGGCUAAUAAUCUGACCCAUCUACUUUAAAGGUUUUUUUUCUUAAGAGAAUUUGUAAAUUACUUGAGUAUAUAAAAGAUUGGCUGCCCAUGCUACUGUUACAUCACAGCUGCAGGACCCAACUUUUUCUUGAAGCAAUGUAUUAAAAUAAUAGUUAUCGAUACAGUCUUAAAAGUAAUUGAUACUAUUUAAAUCUCAUUCAUGAAUGAAUCACAUGAUAUUAAUUUAUGAAUGAGAUAAAUUUAUGAUAAUAAUUUAUGAGUCAAUGAUAUUUUGGUCAAAUAAAAAUAAAACAACAUGUCUCACUUUUCUAAUCUCUGUAAACCAUAUGACACUUAAGCACUACCUAUACAGUUCCAGUACUGGUCUGUAGAGCUGCAUCAUAAAGUCAAUGCACAAAUUUUUGUCUUACAUAGUACUUUUUUGGUGCUAUGGUCCCUGAUUAAAGGGCAAUGUUGUAUUACUGGAGGAAACAGUUUGGUAUCCCUGUGGACUGCAAUUGUAGAAAAAAUUAUCUUUAAUCAAAUCUCUUUAAAAUGUCUGAGGAAAACUGAAUGUUUUGAUUAUAUAGCAUUGUCAUUUUAAUUCAUUUAAUUUCCCCAGUAUUAUUGCAGGAUUGGGGGGAGUAGGAAUGAAGUUCUUGUCACAGCUAAUAUCUACGUAGAAAGAAACAAAUCUGUAAUAUCAUUAAAAGUAGCUCAUAAUAUAAUCCUUAACAGAAGAAGCUAUUUGAAAAUUCUUGUGUAUCAAAUUGCUGUAAAAGAAUCUAAUAGGAAAACCAGCAUUCCUAAGAUCGAAAGAAAAUCCUGCUGAAAAGCAAUGUAAUUUUGAGAUUAUAUACAUUUGUGGCAGCUAAAAGCAGGUAUCUACUACUGUUCAUUCUCAUGCCAUUCAUUUCUGUUCUUUGGUGAGAAUAUGCAGUUUUCUCAUUCUCUGUAUUGUGAUGCUUCAUCUGCUGCCCUUACUGGAAUUCUUGUAAGGAGUCAUUAAAGGCACAAGAUUUCUGACAGAAAAAGAAGAAGAUACAAACAGAGUAAGAAACCAGUGUCCAGAUUUUUCCAUUUUUAGGAUCUCUUGAUCAGAUAGUGGAGAAGGGUAAAUUAAACCAUAUUUUAAAGGGUAAAUUAAACAUCAUUCCACCAAAGAGUAUGACCUGCAAUAGAUCAUAGUCUUUGAUGGAACAAAUCCUCCCAGGCAUAGAAAUGAUGUGAGGCUUUGCCAAGGACUUUCCCAAAGUCAUUUGAAAUAAAGUAAUUGUCUCCCUCUUUAACAAUCCAAUUGUUAAAUCAACCUUAUUCCAUUAUUAUGGAAUUAAGAUUGGCUGCUAUUUGGUCGUGUCACUUAGAGGCUAAAUUUGGAACACACUGACAAAUACUUUGCCAAACACUUCCUGCACAUCUUGUCCUAUGCUUGGAAACUGUUCUCCUUUGUUUAAAUGUUCUGUUGUAUAUGGAUAAUACAUAUGAAUAGAGUAGCUUGUCCACCCCCCCCACCAAACCCCCUCCCACAACAACAUCUAAAGGAGAAACCACUGGUUGUUGUCUCAGCCCAAACAGGUGUGCUACCACUUAUACUCUUCCAGUAAUUUGAAACGUCCCCUUACAUAGCUCUCCAGUUUUGACCAGUACAGUUAGCAUCAUCCUUCAAUGGCACUGCUGGCAAGAGCCAAUAGAGGGGUCAAUACCACCUGCAAAGCCACCAGGUAUUCUCAUCCAGGAGUCUUAUUUCUGAUAAUUAGGUACCAGUCUGUUUUUCAGUUACAUGAUGUAAGAAGAAUUAAUGCUAUGAAUGGCAGAGAUACUUGGCAACUGUUAUUUCUUCUGGCUGUCAGCAGCUUCACAUAUAACAGGUGCAACUUUUCCUAUUACUAUCUUCUGAGAAAAAUAUAGGCUUGGUGGUUUGGCCAGCUGCUCGGGCUCUGAGCCACACAGUGAUAGAAUCACCUUAUUAGAAACAUUCUGUUUGAUUUCUAGAGUAAUUCAGAGAGGAAGGUUGUAUUAGUCAUGAGUAUUUAAUCUCUGCAUUUUAAGGAAAAUUGUUUGAAGGGGAAUUCCUGGAAUUUGUUUUCAAUAAAACUUUCUUUCACUGUGGUUUUAGUAUAUUGGUAGACAGGUAUAUGACAAUUUCUCACAUCAGGCUUCCUUUAAAUGAAACCAGCAAUUGUGAAAGAAAGGACUCUUUGACUGUUUCCAUUUGGGGUGGUUUCUCUUCGAAAUGGCCUUCCUUUGCUUUCUUUCCAAGCUCCCUAUUGCAACCACUUUGGUAUACAUGAGGAAAAACUACAUGUUAUUGUGAGGCAUAUCUCAUAGACAUGGAAGAAAAAUGGGAAAGCACAACUUCCCUAUGGCCAGGCCCGGCAAUCAAUCUGAGUGAAGGAAAGCUCUGAAUUCAUAGCCUUCUCUUUUCACCUUUGGCCCAGUCAAUUCCUUCAGUCAGUUGAGUGAGUUCUCAGCAGUCUAUUCUAGAGGGAGGGGGCAAUACAUCGCCAUUGAGAUAGUAAUGGAAGUGCAGUGGUAGCAUGAUUGGUAGGGAAGGAUAUUGGGACUGUAGCAAUUCAAGACAUUUCAGAGGGAGUGUGUGUGUGUGUGUGUGUGUGUGUGUGUAUGUGUGUGUGUGAUGGGGGGGAAGGAAUGAAUCAUCAUCCAACCCCAAAGCCCUGAAAGAUCACUGAUAAUCUAAAGAAUAUUUUGGGAAAACUGUGUCUUCUGUUGAAAGGCAUCCUCCCAUCCCAUUCCCUCUUUUCUGCCCAAUUAUCUGCUUAAAUUGUCAUUAAAAGAAAAACUUUUGAUUGGGCUUUAAGUCAAUUACAAGCACCUUGCUCUAGAGUUGCUUAUUAGAUCAAGGAAUGAUCCCUGCUCUUCCACUGGAUUUACCUUAGGGGCAUUUCCCUGUACUAUUAAAACCUUUGUGUUCCUUUUGCUGAGUGGUAAUUGAAGUAACGGAGUGGGGGAUUCUUACAAAUAUAUUGUUAAAUACAUAACUGACUGAAAAAAAAUCUGGAUGAUGACUAGAUGGCAGCAGAAAUAGAGAGAUUUCUUAGUUGUUUCUUUCACGUAGUGGAUUUUUGGCACCCACAAGAGUGUCUCUAAGGGAGUCUCCUCCUUUUUCCUAUGAUGAUGAUGUUGAUGUUAUGUCUUCAGCACUGAAUGCCCUUUCUUUGGUGGGAUGGCUCUGACUAAAAUUUUCCACCCUUCUAAAAAGCAACUUAUCUGCAGUUAACAAUUUAAUGCUUUAAUUGCACUGAUGUAUGUUCUCGGCCAUAUGUUUAUUAAAAUAUAUGUGUGAGUGUAUGUUUUUCAGUAUUGGUAUUUGUUUUCUCCAAUUUUCUAUCUUAUGUUUUUUAAAGAAUAUUUAAAGUGAGCAAUCAUGUGUCCUGAGAAAGGAAACAUGGGUGGCUAAGAGCCUGGACCAUGUAACCCCUUGCCACCCAUCCGUUCUCUGAAACCCAUUCUAGGAAAGUUAACCCUUGUGAGCAUAGAAGGGAAUCUGUGCUCCCACAGUGAAUUUUUAAGAACUGAGGACUCAAAGAGUAAAGUUUAAAACAAGGCAAAUUCCUAUACAGAAAAUAAGACUGGGAAAUCAAUUACAUUCUCUUUUUAUGUUAUCACAAAACAUUUAAAAUGGUAAAUCUGACUUCUAUUCUUGAAUAGUCCUUCCAUAACAGUGGAAAAAUAUAAAUUGUUUUAGGGUCUCUUUCACAAAAAUAAUGGGGUGGGUUAAAAAAAAUGAGAAACUUAUUCAAUGAUGAGUUUGUUUGUAUAUAUUUAUUUAUGCUUAAUUUAAUGGGAUUGUGUAAAUACGGCAAGCAAGUAGUUUGGGGAUUAUUUAUCUGUGACUAUACCUCUGUGAAUGGGUGGGGAAUUUCAAACUUGGGAGGGUUGAGAUCAAAAAGCGAAAAAGACAAAAAAAAAUAUACAAGCGCUUGAUACUAGAUAGUACCCAAUCUGAUUUUUUUUUCAUUCUUUAUCGACAAACUGUUAUGGUAAUGGGUAGAACUUGGUUUCUUGUCCAGUGAUGACCUGAUUUACAUAAAUAAGAAGAAUAAAAA